UUCUUGACAUGUGAAAAUAUUCCAUUUGUGUGCUCAAAAAAGAAUUGUUUUACCUUUCCUUUUCCAAACAUUUGCAUAACAACAAUAAAUGAAAGCAAUGAAUGCACUCAAAGUGUCUCAUCGAUCAACAAGUUUGCAAAAUUAAGCGUUCUCAAUUAGAUUUUGGGGACCAUUUCUCCACCGCAGCAUGUAUAUAACAUUCACAUGUUCGAUGACAAGACAUCAGUCGUUUACCAGCAUCACGUCAGUCAGUGUCGAUCUGUUCACCAACUGCUGCGCCACAUUUUGUAUAAUUGAACCCCUUAAUAAUGAAGACGUUCAUCGUGUUAUUGAUGGCAAUGUCCAUUGCCUCCUGUUUGACCGUUAAAAGCUAUCCGAAAAAAGGCAAACGUGGACUGUGGGACGAUCACGGAAAAGAAUCCGCUGACUCGGAUGAUCAGCAUAAAGAAAAGCACGUGACCACCAUCACACAGAAGGUUCCAAUUCCAUACCCCGUUGAGGUGAGAAAGCAUAUCCCGGUUGAGGAGAAGGUGCCUGUCCCGGUCGAAGUCGAAACGAAGGUUCCGGUCGUGGUGGAAAAGAAGGUUCCGGUUUACGUGGAGAAGAAGAUUCCGAUUCACGUUGAUCGACCCGUUCCGUACAAAGUGGAAGUGAUGGUUCCAGUUGUGGAGAAGGAAUACAUCGAAGUGCCCCAGCCGUACAAGGUUGAAGUUGAGAAGAAAAUUCCAGUUUACGUCCCCAAACCGGUGUACGUGGAGAAACCAUUACCAGUGAAGCUGCUCAUCAAAAAGGUGCAUAAGGGCUGGUGAUGAUUUUUUAUGAGUUUAAGUUUUACGUUGCUAUUUUUGAGCAAGUGAGAGCGACUGACUAUAGUAUUUCAUGUGAUAAUUAAACAGAAUUUUAAUAUAUAAUUUCCUAUAAA